UUUUGAGCUGCUUAAGUUUAAAGUCAUCGAAAAUACUGAAUAUCUAGGCCUUUUUUGUCCGAAAAGAAGCUAGAACCGAUAAAUUAAAAGGUUUCCUUAAGGUGAUCAGGAAACCAUUGGAUAUUGAAAGACGCAGAUAACCUUGGAGUAAUUUUAACCUGUAAAAUGCGCUGCUGGUAAAUGACAAUUGUGUCAGUUUUGUGUAGUGAGGUUCAAUGAUUCACUCUUAUAUCUGUCGUUUCUCGAUGAGAAGUGCAGGGACUAAUUUACAGUUUGCCAAACGAUGUUCGGAUGUCAGUGCAUUUCGGGAAAUCCUUUCUAAAUCUCAUAAUGUGAUGGUUUUGACUGGUGCAGGGAUAAGUGCUGAAAGCCAUGUACCAACUUUCCGAGGAUCUGGUGGAUUGUGGAGGGACUUUUCUGCCCAGAAUCUUGCAACUCCUGGCGCUUUUCGGUCAGAUCCUGGGCUAGUAUGGGAAUUUUAUCAUUAUCGGCGCGAAUUCGUUCGUACUAAGCAGCCUAAUGCCGGACACUUUGCUCUUGCUUAUGCUGAGAAGCAGUACACUGAAUGUGGCCGCUCAUUUCGUGUGAUUACACAAAAUAUUGAUGGUCUGCAUACAAAAGCUGGAAGUCACAACGUAUUAGAGAUACAUGGAAAUCUUUAUAAAACACGAUGUUUGGAAUGUAAUGAUGUCCGGGAGAACCGUGACAGUCCAAUAUGCCCAGCAUUAUUAGGUCGUGGUUCACCAAAAGUUGAAUUACAAGAAUACAAACCAAUCCCAGCAUCACAGUUGCCACGCUGUCAGAAUAUGGUUGGUGAGAAACCAUGCGGUAGUUUGUUAAGACCUCAUGUUGUUUGGUUUGGUGAAAAUCUUGACCCUGAUAUUCUUUCUCAAGUUGAUGAAAUUAUGUCAAAUACUGAUGUUUGUCUAGUUGUCGGUACCAGUGCUGUUGUAUAUCCAGCUGCAAGUUUUGCUCCAUCUUUAGCUCGUAGAGGUGUUCCUGUCGCUGAAAUCAACAUAGAAGUUACCCCAUCAACGGAUUCAUUACAGUCAGUCUCUUAUUUAAAUUUGUUUACUAUGUGUAUAUGCGGAUUCCCUGGAAUUAUAUUAUCCACUAUGUUUUAUAUAUAUGUGUAGUGUUUAUUUCUCUUUUUUGUAUUAUUGACUAUGGUUUUACUAAAUCAUUCAGUUAUUCUAUAUUAUUUCAAAAGUUUGCUUCAUCUCAACUUAAUUGUUGAUAAACAGGUAAACGUUGAUUGUAGAUUCAUAAUUAUAAAAGGUGUUUUUGGUGUGGUUAUGUUCUCUAAGCUGGAUAGCUAAUUUCCGGAGCUUUCAUUGCCCUACCAGGAAACAUCUACAAUCCAUAAUUCAUUUUCAAGUUUCAUUUUCAAGGACAGUCUGGAGAUAUUCUACCAAAGCUAUUCAAUUCAUUAGUUUUAAAGUAGUCACAACAUGCAUUAUUUCACUGGAUAUAAUUUCGCUGUUCAAACUAAUCAUUGUAUUUGUAUAAUUUCUGAAGGCAUAGAAAUCUUGUCAUGUAUUAAAAAGUAUUUUAUAUCAUGUCUAUAUCUGGGUAUGAUUUUCUUGUCAAAUAUAAUCAGUUUGCAACAACCAA